CCAAAACGAAUUGCAAAGACCAAAACAUGUGUGAGAGAGCUCCACCUUCCUUCCUCUCAGACUAUUGAGAUAGAAAAAGUGUCCGACGAAAAAAAAGUGAACGGAACUUUUUUUUCUCUCCGAACAGCGAGCAUAUUCAACAGUGUAGACUACCGCCACAGUCUUGCACUAUAUCUGUCGGGUGUGCGUUAAGUAAACGGUCAGCCAGAGGUCCAGGGGUCUGACACGUCACUUCCUGGUCCCUCUGUGAUUUGGGUGUUUGACUGUGACAGGCCAGGUCUGGGUUCAGGAUGAACUGGGCAUUUCUCCAAGCACUCCUCAGUGGGGUGAACAAGUACUCCACGGCAUUUGGACGGGUGUGGCUGUCCAUAGUUUUCCUCUUCCGGGUGAUGGUCUUUGUGGUGGCGGCGGAGAAGGUGUGGGGUGACGAGCAGAAGGACUUCAAGUGCAACACGGCCCAGCCGGGCUGCCACAACGUCUGCUACGACCACUUCUUCCCAGUGUCACACAUCCGCCUGUGGGCGCUGCAGCUCAUCUUUGUCACCUGCCCCUCACUGCUGGUGGUGAUGCACGUGGCCUACCGCGAGGAUCGAGAACGCAAGCACCGCCUCAAGUUCGGCGAGGGCUGCAGCCGCCUCUACACCAACACGGGCAAGAAGCGCGGGGGCCUGUGGUGGACCUACGUCCUGACCCUGGUCUUCAAGAUGGGGGUGGACGCCACCUUCGUCUACCUGCUCUACUACAUUUACGAGGGCUAUGAUUUCCCCUCCCUCGUCAAGUGCUCGCAGAGGCCCUGCCCCAACGUGGUGGACUGCUUCAUCUCCAGGCCAACGGAGAAACGCAUCUUCACCAUCUUCAUGGUGGUCACCAGCCUGGUGUGCAUCCUGCUCACCCUGUGCGAGAUCCUCUACCUGAUCGGCAAGCGCUGCUACGAGUGCUUCUCCUCGCCCAGGCACUCCCGCCAGCUCAGGGAGGCCACCUCGCUGGUCGUCCCCAAGGACAGCAGCUCCCUCAUAGGGUCCCACUCAGGGAAGCUGGGUAGCCAUGGCAACAGGAAUGCCAGUACCGCUGCGCCUUCAUAUAGCGUGGCUGUUUCCUGAGCCAGGGGUCUGAGACUUGAGACAAGUACUACCGAGGAGAGGGAGAGUGAAUGAGAGAGACAAAAGAGAGACGAUGGACAUGUAGUAAUACUGGAGCUAAUUCUCUGCUGUGCAUUUUUGUCUCUCCACUUCUGGCAAAUGCAUUAUAGGACUGGACUUGGUUUUGAGUGUCAAAAUGUUUUUUUGAAAGAGCUGGUCAGUCUAUAAUUCCUCCCCCAACAUCUGCACAAUUAAAUGUCUAUGAAUGAUUGGUUGCCCUGCUUAACCUAGAGGACACAUUGAAAAGGUUUCAGAGUUGCAAACAGAAAAAAAAACAAUUUAAAAAAUACCUAAUUAAAUAAGAUUGGGCAUUUUCAAACAAAUUAAUGAAUAACUACAAUACAACAGGAAUUUAAAGAGGGGCUAGAGUCUGAGCUGUCCCAUUUCCCAACAUUGACCAGGGGUCCAUAGUGCUUCAUUCAGUUGGGGCAGGGUAGGCUCUGUUGGCCAGAGUUCCAUUGGUGCACAAUGCUUGGCACCAUGAAACCUGCCUACUGAGAAGAAUCACCCAUCCUGCUGUUGGCUUUCCUGGUGUACCAUGGGACUUGUAGUAUGAAAGAUGGUUGUGGCUGGUAGGCACAUGUACUGGAGGAUUGCAUUUACUAUGCUCCGGUGUUCCUGCUUGCAGUAAGAACAGUCAACUGCCAAUUCCAGAAGUCAGGGUUGAAAAAGGGGGAGAAAUACAAAAAAUGAAGGGCCUAUCCCUUCAACACAAAAAUGUUGUUGUGGGUCUUGUUUUGUGUCAAACACUCAAAACUUAAAUCUUUUUAAGAGUGAAGGGCCAGUCAGGCUUACAUUUAAAACAUUUAAUUAAUGUUACUUUUCAGGCUGCUGAGAGCUGCAGUCCACAUCUUAGUUAUUGGGAAUUGAAAUGUUUACUUGUUUGCUGAGGUGAUUACCAGUUUGUCUAAUCAUGGCAAAAACAGAUGGCUGUAGAUUUGGUCAUCUUUCCAUCUUCCUGAAAAUGGACGAAUUCAGUGAAUUUAUCUAUAAGUAACAUUCAAAGAAGUGCUACUUUUUCCCUCAGCAAAAUAACUUUUUUUUUUAUUUCAAGCUGAAGUCAAUGUAAAAAAAUGAGAACGUAACAAAGAAGUACCAUUUCAUUUCUGUUUAACUCAAAAUUAAAGCCAAGCCACAACGCAGGGUUUUGAAUUUCAUCUAAACUCAUACAGCAUGGAGCAGAACUGGAUGUGCCAAGAAUAAAGACUCCAUGGGUGUGGUUUAGCCGCAGUCUGCUUCUUAGCCCUUCAGUCUUACUGAAUGUUGGGCUUAGGCGUGUCUCAGAUUUCCCCAACUGCACGGCCCUGUUUUGCUCAUUUGCCGGGGUUAAAAGACAAUGCACUCAGAUGUCUUGUACUGCCAAACAUGGUUUGACAUAACAAUGUUAAUAAGGAAACUGUUUUGUUAAUUUAAUUUUUUUUUUGUCUGCUGUAUGUGGGAAGCCUGCCCGUCAUUCUUCAUGGCCUGAGCAGCCAUAGUGCUUGCACCUAAGCUUGGAUGGAUCAGAUUGGCUGGAUUGGCUGGAUUCUCCUGUAUGUGAAAUGAAAUGCUGCCGUGGUGAAGAGAUUCAUGUAUAAACACUUCCAUUACUCAUGUGUACAUUUGAGAUAAACUGUUAUUA